AUGAGGGAAACAGCCACCAUUCCAAUACAUGUGGAUUCUAUAGAACUGUCGAGCAUACUGGAGACCUUGCCUUGGAUCAUUUUGAUUGUGAAAUUCAUAAUGGGGAUUUGGGGAAAUGGAUUCAUUGCACUGAUAAAUGGCAUCGACUGGGUCAGAAAUCGAAAGAUCUCCCUGAUUGAUUUUAUUCUCACGUGCUUGGCCAGCUCUAGGAUAUGUUUUCUUCGGACAACAAUUUUGAUUAUCUCUUUCAAUUCAGUACAUGAGAACCUAUCUCCCUCUAAGGGUAUACUGAUGAGUGUUGUCAUCAUCUGGAUGGGAUCCAACUACUUCUGCACAGCCUUUGCCACUUGCCUCACUCUCUUCUAUUUCUUCAAGAUAGCUAACUUCUCCAACCCAAUUUUCCUCUGGAUGAAACAGAGGAUGCUUAUGGUGCUUCUUGUUAUAGUCCUGGGCACAGCCCUUUCUUGCUGCAUGAGUCUCAUUUUCAUUGAUGCUUUCACAAACAGCUCGACUGAAAAUUGGAUGAAACGAAACCUCACAUUUGAUUAUAUGAAAACUUUUUAUAAUUGCUUAAUUUAUCUGAUUCUCCUUAACAUGGCCUUCAUCAUCUUUUUUGUGGUGUCCCUGACUUCCUUCUUACUUUUAAUCUUUUCCUUGUGGAGCCACACCAAGAGGAUGAAGCUACAGGGUCUGUAUUCCAGGGACUCGAGCACGGAGGCCCACCUAAGAGCCAUGAAAGCCAUGAUUUCAUCACUACUUCUUUUCAUUAUGUUCUACAUCAGCCAUGUUAUGAUAUAUUUGGACCACUUUUUUGCAGACAAUGUGUCAAAGAUUUUUGUUAAUGUGCUAGUAUUUUUCUAUCCAUCUGUUCAUCCAUAUCUUUUGAUUUUAUGGAACAACAAAUUGGAACAGGCUUCUCUCUAUGUCCUGAGGAAGCUGAAAUGUAUCAGAGAGGAGAUAAUUUCAUAUUCCCAGGAAUAA